ACGACAGCUUAUGCUCGCCCAGCAGGGAGAGACAAUUGCAGCGGACGUGGCAGGUUGUCCCAAGUCCCCGCCUUUGGAAGCAUCGCUCUGUUUGCACGGCGCGGGACACCUUUUGCCUCUGCUCUCAGCGCUGGUCGUUAUCGAUGACACCUCUCUGCCUCUGCUCUCAACGUUGACCGAGAUCGCACCUGCGUCGAUUGAUAAAAGGGGGGUGCUUGCGAGGAAGGAAAGCGGAGGAAGGUGGUAGCUUUGUUGAUUGUUGAGCGUUGAGCGAGAGAGAGAAAAGGCGGGCGUUUGUACAUCCAGGGAGGAAAUCGGCAACUUCGGUGUUUUUUGCAAGCUCUGCUUGGCGGCCAUACACUCCGCGUUAGCUCAGCUGUUAACCAUGGGGCUCCUCGGAGAUAUGACGGCCGUUGUUUCGUCCUUCUCGACCGAAUAUGGCAAGACUCCAGCGAAGCUUAAGUUUGUUUACAUGCUGGCGGUGGGGUCAUUUCCUUUCAACUCCUUCUUAGCUGGAUUUCUCUCGUGCAUUGGCUCCGCAGUCUUAACAGUUUGCCUGAGGAUGCAGGUUAACAAGGAGAACAAAGAGUACAAGGAUCUUCCGCUGGAGCGCGCUUUUGCUGAUUACAUACUGGCAAACCUAGUCCUCCAUCUGGUGGUAAUGAACUUCAUUGGGUAGAAACCGUCUGCGGAUUUUGUAACACGUGACCAAAAUAUCAGAUAUACGCAGGUGAGAGUCUGUGGGGGGGGGAGGGGUGCGGCGAGUUUGGCACAGAGAGGUGAAGCAGGAGAGGCUCGUGGCGGCAAGGUCUCGGCGAGAGGAUGGAUGUUCGAAGAAGUUUGUGAGGAGGUUCAUUAAUUAACACUGUCGGGCAGGCGGGCGGGUGGGCGGGCGGGCAGUGAAACCAGGAACGCAAGGAGACGGGAGCAGUCUUUGACCCAGGUGGUCCCUUUUCUUCACCCUUGGAUCAGUUUUUGCUCCUGGAAUAUGUCACUGUCACUGGACCAUGGUUCACUGCGCACCGGGAAACCGGUUGCUGCUUUUGAGGUUGCGAAGGUCAAGGCUGGCUUUCGCACUAGGCAGGACCAGAGCAGCAGGAGCAGGAGCAGUUUUUGAACCUGGAAUUCCCUUGCCUUUGGGGGAUGGGAUCAGUUUUCGUUCCGGGAACAUUGUCCAUUGAACCAUGGUUCAUAAUCAUGCUUGAUGUGUGGUUAGCUCAUGAGAGUGGUUCAUGACCAUGGUCCGUCCAUGUGUGAUUCGCUCAUGAGAGUGGUUCACGAGUGUUUUUUAUGAACUGUCAGAGAGAGUUGUUCAUGACCACGGUUAAUGAAUAGUUAAUGGAUUGUUCAGGAGUGGUUCACCAGCGUAUACGGCGAAAGAAAACCAGCAAACGAAAACCAGUUGGAGCGAAAGAAAACCAGUCGGGUACGAAUGCCUCGUUUUCCAGCCCUCGGUGUAGAGGCGAUGACUGCGAGACGUAAUGAAAGGAGUUUUUCCGC